AUGGAAUAUUGUGAAACAAAAAUUGAAAUGGAAGAACAUUUUCCUGUGGAAUAUCCAUGGAAAUUGAUCCGUGGAUAUAAAAUCUUUUGUAUUUACCAUGGCGACGCGGGGCAGGGUGAAGUUGGCGUUGGUGUCCCUGAGCGAGCAGCCGCGAUAAUGGGUGUGUGGGGCGCUCAUGGCGGAAGUGACGCGGGUUGGGGUGAAGGUGGCAUUGGCAUCCCCGAGCGAGCGGCUGCGAGAAAGGGUGCGUGGGGCGCUCAUGGCGGACAGUGGGAAGGAUUUGAACUAGGAUGA